CUGGUAUGAACUGGUAUGAACUGGGAGCUCACUGGGAGGCACUGGGCCGGCAGCGGGCGCCCCCCGGCCGCUCCCAGUAACUCCCAGUGCUCCCAGUACGUGGUGCCCCCCGGGCGGCGCUCCUCGGCCGAGGCGCUGCAGAUCGUGGCCUCGCACCUGCUGGGGGACGCGGGGAGCCCCUACCUGGUGGGACUGGUGAGUGACGCCCUGGGGGGCGGAGCCGCCGCCAUCUCGUACCAGCGCGGGGCCGGGGCGCUGCUCCGGGCUCUGCUGCUGCUGCCGUUCGCUGCCGCCCUGGGCGGAGCCGCCUUCCUUGCCGCCGGCAACACCUUGCCCCGGGACCGGCAGCGGGCCCGGAGGGAGGCCCGCGGGCUGCCCCCGGACGGCGCCGGUGACGACGACGACGACGACGACGAUGGCGGUGGCGACCCCGCGGCCAUCGUGGUGCCCCCCGCGGCCGGAGGCCGGACACGGCGCGUGCCCGUGGCCCACGUGCUGGCCUGAGUGACCACCAGUGACCAGUGAGUGACCACUGACCUCAGAGUGACCACGGGCUGGCCAGAGUGACCACGAGUGACCAGUGAGUGACCAUUGACCAGUGAGUGACCCCUGAGUGACCAGUGAGCACCUCAGAGUGACCACGGGCUGGCCUGAGUGACCACCAGUGACCAGUGACCACUGAGUGACCACAAGUGACCACGAGUGACCACUGAGUGACCACUGAGUGACCAGUGAGCACCUGGGAGUGACCACGGGCUGGCCAGAGUGACCACGAGUGACCACGAGUGACCAGUGAGUGACCACUGACCGCUGAG